GGUGGGGAGCUGCGCGCGCGGGCCGUGGCGGAGCCGGAGGCUGCAAGGAGCGCCCGUGGGGCCGGGAGGGCGCGAUUCCUCCGCCCCCGCACAACAAUGUGUGGCGUGCAGAGGGGCGCAACUUGCCCGGGCCGACGGGCCCGCACAGAGCCCGCCUGAGACCGCGCCGCUGACCUCCCCCCGCCGUCCAUUGGGCCUGAGUGCCCAGCUCCUCGCUCCCUAGCUCGCGGGGGCCGGGCUGAGCCGCGGGGCGGGGCCGCCCCUCCGUCGCCGCUGCCUCCUCCCCCAUCCCCAGCCGCGGAGGAUGCGGACGGCCCCCGGCGGCGUCUAGCGGCCCGGGGCCCAGGCGCGAUGGUGCAGCAGCGGGGCGCGCGGGCCAAGCGGGACAGCGGGCCGCAGCCCCCGGGGCCCGGGCCGACCGAGGAGGGGGCGCGCGAGCCCGGCUGGUGCAAGACCCCGAGCGGCCACAUCAAGAGGCCAAUGAACGCGUUCAUGGUGUGGUCGCAGCACGAACGGCGGAAGAUCAUGGACCAGUGGCCCGACAUGCACAACGCCGAGAUCUCCAAGCGCCUGGGCCGCCGCUGGCAGCUGCUGCAGGACUCGGAGAAGAUCCCGUUCGUGCGGGAGGCGGAGCGGCUGCGCCUCAAGCACAUGGCGGAUUACCCGGACUACAAGUACCGGCCGCGCAAAAAGAGCAAGGGGGCGCCCGCCAAGGCGCGGCCCCGCCCCCCCGGCGGCGGCAGCCGGCUCAAGCCCGGGCCGCAGCUGCCCGGCCGCGGGGCCCGCCGGGCGGCGGGAGGGCCUUUGGGGGGCGGCGCGGCGCCGCCCGAGGACGACGAUGAGGAUGACGACGAGGAGCUGCUGGAAGUGCGCCUGGUCGAGACCCCCGGGCGGGAGCUGUGGCGGAUGGUCCCAGCGGGGCGGGCCGCCCGGGGGCCGGCGGAGCGCGCCCAAGGGCCGUCGGGCGAGGGGGCGGCUGCCCCCUCUGCCUCCCCGACCCCGUCGGAGGACGAGGAGCUGGAGGAGGAGGAGGAGGCGGCAGCAGCGGAGGAAGGCGAGGAAGACACGGCGGCACCGGGGGAGGAGCCGCUGGGCUUUCUAUCCAGGCAGCCCCCAGUCCCCACCGCCCUGGACUGCAGCGCCCUGGACCGCGACCCAGACCUGCCCCCAGCCUCGGGCACGUCACACUUCGAGUUCCCGGACUACUGCACGCCCGAGGUCACCGAGAUGAUCGCUGGGGACUGGCGCCCGUCUAGCAUCGCCGACCUGGUUUUCACCUACUGAGCCCACCGUCAGCGGGGCGCGCACGCCCCCAAACCAGCUGUUUACAUACAGGAAUCAGGUAUUGGGGCCCCUCGGAGGCCGAGGCUGGCACCCCAUCUCCCACGCAGCCUCUCCCCUCCUAGACGUGCCCAUCCCCCUCUCAGAUCCAGACUUGCCCCUCCCCCGCGGACACACCCCAAGGCAACCCAACCCCCAGCCUUUCCCUGACAGCCACGCCCCUCCCCAUCUUGUACCCUCCCGCACAGCCACCAGCAGCCAGCCCCCCUCCGUUACACCUCCCUCCCCUCUCCCUUACCGACCUGCACCCUUCCCCCACUUUGCACACGCCCCUCCUCGUGGCCGGAGGACACGCCCCCUCCCUUGCUCGAGAAUCUCUCCGCCCUCGCCUAGCCUGCCUUCUUGGAGUGGGGACGACGCGGCCCCACGCUCUCCUCCUAGGCCCCGCCCCUUCCCGGGGGUGGGGCGCGCUCCUUCACCCCUGGAGCUCUAGUGCCCGCCCCUCCCUUUGGGCCCACCCUCUCCUUGCGCAUGCUUAAAUGCUACUUGGGAGGAGGGGGCUGGUUCUUGGCCGGCUGCCCGCCUCUGUAGCCUGUGCCCAGAAGGACGAGGGCGAGCGUGGAGCGAUCCUGAGAAACCCUUUGAUCCCGGAGCCCUUGGCUUCCUCUCUACCCGACGGGGCGUCACUGCCUUAAUGGGAGGAGCACUUAGAAGGGAGAGAGAAAUUAGGUAGUCCAAAAGGGAUGGCUGGGGCUUUCACUCUCCAAGUGGAAUAGGUCCACUUCUCUGGUGAGGUUGCCCACGCCCGCCGCCUUCCCAACAGCGUGACUGCCCGUAGUUUAUCUUGGUCCCCAGGAACGUCCCUUUCUUUCUCCAACUGGGAGUUGGGAGGAAGAACCUCUGGAAGUCCACCAAGGGAGGGAUUGACCAAGAAAACUUAGAAAUGAGAUAUCUACUGUCUGGGGACAGGGUCCCUGCUGCUCCCACCCCCACCGGGGGAAACGCCCUAUCACCUCAGGGCACCCUCCCAGCCUGGGCUCCUCCCUAAACCCACCAUCCCUUCCUUUCUUGUCACCUGAUCAACCCUUAACCAUAGCUGCAGUAUUCAUGGGAGAAACUGAGGCACAUUGGUGCUGGGAGUUGGGAGUGAGACAGGAUAGCAGAUGGGUGGCAGAAAAGAGCCCAUGUGUAAACAGCGGCUCGAGAGACCACCUACGGGGGGGGGUUGACAAUACAUUCUAGAAUGCAGGUGGGCUGCCCUUUGCACCUCAGUUUUUUCCACAGAGAAAUAGGGGCGGCGUUGCUGUUGGAAGGAAGAUGUAUCCCUCUGCUGUUACCCCCUCAGCCUGGCUCCCGGCUGGAGCCCCGCCCCUCUGGCCUCUCCACAUCCCCUCUACCCUCACUACCUGUAUCGCCGGCGUGUGUUCACCUCCGGGUGGCUCACACACUCAUUCACACACACAAAUCUCAGGAACAAACGGUCCCAGAGUCCUCCGGGUCCCCUGCCCAGGGUCUCUACAGGUCUCUGCCCCACGCGUUCCCUUCGCUGACAAAGCCACCAGCUGCCUCUUUUGCUUGGUGCUCCAGCUCUGGGCCUUUCUUGCGCUCUCUCUCUCUCUCUCUCUCUCUCUCUCUUUUUUAAGAAAACAAAACAAAACAAAAAAAGACAAUGAAAAAACCCAGAAAACGUCAUGUGAGUGAAGAGAUGUCACUGUCUGUGGUCUUGGAGAACUAGUCUAGUAGCUGAAGGGAGGGGUCCCUCUGUCUGGGGCACUGGCACCCACAGCAGGACUUCCGCCAGUCUGAUACCAGGACUGAAUAAAGUGUAUUUGCCCCGACCUUGCCCUGUGGUUCUGCAUGUCUGUGCUUUUCCUCAACCCUCCCCCAACAGAUGGCCAGAUUUAAGUCCAUAGGACUUAAGCUAUGCAGGAAGAGCUGGCGGUCUGGAGAUCAGGUGCCUGACCUGCAUGGGCUCUGUGUCAGUCUCUCAGGACUCCCUGCCUUGGCUAAGGGCAGCAGAUUCCUCCCCUGCAGAGGCCAGGCGGGUAACAACGUAUGAGUGAACACUGGUGUGACCCAUUUCAAGGGUGGCAACUACCUACCUGCUACCCAGUUGUGACCCUGUGGGAAUUUGGUCCAGGGUGGCCAGAUGGCCAGAUUUUUCAAGAGAAGCUGGAGACAUUGCUGCCUCUGAGUCAUCGUAAUUUCAAAAUGAAAGCUAACAAAUAUUUUUAAAUCUCUGAGCCAAGUAAAGCAGGUGUGUGGCAGGCCAGCCCCAAGGGGGUUAGUGUGACCAUGCCCUAAAUGAAUAUUAAAAAGCAGACUAGGACCACACUGCCCAAAGACAAGCUCCUGCCUUGAGUACCUAUGUGACCUUAAGCAAAUUCACUUUAUCCCAACACUUCUUUAUGAAUGUGUCACAUGAGGGUAAGGAGGAAACCUGCUUCCUGGGCUGAAAGCGUUUUACAUGGUGCUCCAUGGAUUUCCUUCCUCCAUUGUCUGUAUAGGAAGCUGAGGGUCGAGGGAGCAAAGGAUCUCGGUUCUGUGCUGCUGAAGUGCUGCUCAGGCACUGCCCACCUCCUGGUGGCAACCUAUUGAUCGGACACACUGGCCUGCAGUGUAGACUGCAUAACCAAAAAGCAACGCAAACUGCUCUGUGCCCUCCUGCCCCUGAGGUGGCUGGUGUGUCUUGAAAAUACCAGGGCUUUACCUCUUUUGUUCCCCUAAUUUGUUCACCAGAUCCUAUACCAGCGAAUUCCUAUACUCUGAUAAAGCCUCUUCCUAAGUCCUAUCUUUAGCGUCUAGUUGGAAGCAAACUCGGAAACAAUCCUGUAGGGAAAGGUAGUGGCAAGGCAGGAGAGGCAGUGCCCACGCCAGCGCCCCACUGAGGUCAUGUCUACCCCAGUAGCCCGCCCUGGUGGGUGAGCCAGGCACUGGAUGCACACCUGUCCAUUUGUGCCAUGGUACCUCCACUUCAGCCAGGGCACCGUGAGGGCUGUGGCACAGUUUGACCUCUUCUGUCCCAGGCCUGCUGUCUCUUCUCUUCACAGGUGUUGUCCCUAAUAAACA